GCUCUGGGUUUCGCAACUACUUCCGAGAUUCGUAUUGACUGCGAGGAGACUAUGUUCUUAGAUUGUUCUUCCGAAGGAGCUGCCGACACGCACACGUGGGGAACAAUGAGUUCAUACACAUCUUGAAUCUAGCCACAUAUGUCCAUUUCAGUAUGAGAGCGCUGCCCGUUUGGCAUCCGGUGCAUAUGCUGUUCCGCCAGUGACACGACCUUCAUAGGCGAGGUUGCGAAUGGGACGACUGAGCAGAUGCAUUAUACCCAGCCCAGGUCUUGGCUCAUAUGGUCAAACGGUCCAGCGCGACGUUGUUUGGACGUGAAGACCAAGGUGACUGGUCAGUCGCGGGAUGAGUGCAAAGACGCUCGCCGGCAGUGUUGGCAGCGGUGACUCUUAUCGCCCAGGUUCUUGCUCGAGAGACGCAGUACCGUGACGCUUCAAAAGGGAAGAUCCUGCAGGGGGUAGCCGUAGAUGAGUAAGAGAGCAAGCUCUGAGUACCUUUGCGUGGUAUUCGCAGCUACCUUCCGAACCGAUACACCUUGCUAUCGCAUUGUAUUGGUUACGUCCUCCUCUACCGAAGAGCAUCCGAGCGGUCUCAGUGGACCGAAACCGUCCGGCAAGUUCAAGCAUUGUGAACUCGCUAGUUUCUGCGAAGCCCGCUGCAUGUGGUCUCACAAUCCUGGGGGAACACAUUAGCAUCACCGUGACCGUAAUAUAUCGUUACCGCUGGAAUACAUCGCCCCUCAGCAUCCCUGACGGUAUCCGCACAAUCUCGAACGUAGGACCAGCUGAGCGUAA